UUGAUCCUCUUUUCCCCCACCUCCCUAAGCUGGAUUAUAAGCAAUGGGCCGCCACACUCGGCUUCUAAACAAUUAUUUUUCAGUGUGUGUGUGUGGGGGGGGGGUCGUCUUUAAAAACCUCUUGUCAUUCUGUGGUUGCUCUGUUUUAUUUGUUUUUCUUUUCGGAGAGGCAGUGGUCUUGCUCUGUUGCCCAGACUGGCCUAGAACUUCUGGGCUCGAGCAAGCCUCCAUCCUUGCUUUUCUGAGAAGCUGAGCCUUCAGGCAGUUACUGUGUCACCCACCUCUACCCUAAGGGUUUUAACUAAAAGUCCUGGAACACAGGUUAGAGGAUACACGAGGCCUUAAGUUCUAUCGCUAGCACUGCAAAGAAUUUUUAAAAGUUUAAGUUUGUUCUUGCGGUUUUUGAAAACCAACCUGGGCUGACCUGACCUAGUAGCCCAAGCCAUCCUUUAGGCUCCCUAGUGCUUGGAGCCCAAGCUGCCAAGUCCCGCACAUUGUUUACAUUACUCCUUUCCAAAGGCACAUAGAACAGCCCCUGAGGAUUACAAGGACCACACUCCACCCCCACCCUGCCCGGGAACGUAGCUCUCCAUUGCCACCAUGGUCAACAUCAACGAGCUGCCUGAGAACAUUCUCCUGGAACUGUUCACCCAUGUCCCCGCCGGACAGCUGCUGCGCAACUGCCGCCUGGUCUGCAGCCUCUGGAGAGACCUCAUUGAUGUGGUGACCCUAUGGAAGCGCAAGAGCCUCCGAGAGGGAUUCCUCACCAAAGACCGGAACGAGCCCGUGCAAGACUGGAAGAUCUUCUAUAUCCUGUGCAGCCUGCAGAGGAACCUCCUUCGGAACCCGUGUGCUGAAGAGAACCUGAGAUCAUGGCGGAUAGACUCCAACCAGGGGGACGAGUGGAAGGUGGAGAACCUCCCUGGGGACCAUGGCACAAGCUUUCCUGACACCAGGGUCAGGAAGUAUUUUGUCACCUCUUAUGGGAUGUGCCUCAAAUCCCAGAUGGUGGACCUCAAAGCCGAGGGCUACUGGGAGGAGCUGAUGGACACCUUUCGGCCCGACAUUGUGGUCAAGGACUGGUUUGCCCCUAGAGCAGACUGUGGCUGCACCUAUCACCUCCGAGUACAGCUGACCUCUGCCGACUACAUGGUCUUAGCCUCUUUUGAGCCUCCACCUGUGACCAUCGAACAGUGGAAUGAUGCCAAGUGGCAAGAGAUCUCCCACACCUUCUCUGAUUACCCUCCAGGCGUCCGUCACAUCCUUUUUCAACAUGGGGGCCAGGACACUCAGUUCUGGAAAGGCUGGUACGGCCCCCGUGUCACCAACAGCAGCAUCAUUAUCAGCCACAGGACAGCCAAGAACCCUGCCCCUGUCAGAACUGUACCAUAAGACAUGGUAGCAAUAGGAGGAAGACAGCCUGCUUUGGGUACCUCAUGGCUAAGAGCUAAGAGGGCAGUCAGGUCCCCCGUCCCAUGAGCACCUGCCCUAUACAACCUUGGCCAAGCCCAUCAACUCAGUAGUCACACGCACAGUUCUAACAUUUUUGUUGUAAUAAAUGUUUUCAGUAAUC